AUGAGUUCCUCUAACACUCCAGCCGACGACAAAGUCGCCGCAGCCCACAAGACGAUCUUUGACGAAGGCAUCAAGCUCCGCACACAGGUUAAUGGUGCCGAGUACGUCCAGAAGGCCUUACAGAAUGGCUCCGAGUUCGCCAGGCCUAUGCAAGAGCUCGUCACUGAGGCUUGCUGGGGUUCCGUUUGGACUCGCCCUGGCUUGGAGAAAAAGUGGCGUUCGUUGAUAAAUGUCGCCAUGCUGGUGGCCCUGAACAGAUCGACUGAACUGGCAACUCAUGUCAAAGGUGCCCUGACCAACGGGGCCACUGAGGAUGAGAUCAGGGAAGUGCUUCUUCAAGCGGCUAUUUACUGUGGGAUGCCUGCGGGACUCGAGGGCUUUCGAGUCGCGCAAAGAGUCAUCGACGCCGCCAAAGAGCAAGGAACUGGAAAGUAG